UAUAUAAAAGGAUACUUUGAUUCUAUAUGUGUCAUUAAGAUCAGAGUGCGACUGAGAAAACAUUUUAAAAAUAAUUUUGUUAGUCUAAAACUUCAGUAUAAAAGGUCGAUUGUUUUGUAUUACGCUUGAUUUAUCUUCGCCGUACAUUAGUUAAAAUUAUUUUGUUGUUUGGUGUAGUUUUGUGCUACUUUGCAGAAAAAUCUUUCUAUGAGAAAUGUUUGCAAUAUUCUUUACUUUUAUGUUUGUAACAGCGUAUGCGGCAAAUGAAAUACCUUCUUACAUCCACCCGUGUAGUCGAAAAGAUCCCAACUACAGUCAAUGCUUUGCAGACAACAUUAAUAGUGUGAAGAGUUAUAUUUGCACAGGAAUACCGGAAUUUAAUCUUCCUCCGCAAGAACCACUAAUUAUUGACAAAAUUGAUAUUUUUGACACGGAUAAUCUGAAAUUGUUUAUCAAAAACUUAAAAAUAAGAGGAAUUUGUAAUUUCGAUGUAACUUUUCAUAAUGUAUCUUCUGACAAACUUCAUUUCGAGUUUAGUUUCACAAUCAAAAAUCUUUCCAUGGACUCCGUCUAUAAUGCUGACAUACGUUUACUGGUGUCAUUUGCUAAUGAAGGACUAAUUCACAUUACUUCAGAUAACAUAGACGGAAAGUUAAGUAUAGAUACGAAAGAAGUAAUCAAGAACGGUAAAAAACAAAUAUAUCCAUCAAAAAUAAAUUUUAUUCUCAAUAUAAAAAAAUUCAAUUAUACGUUUGAUGAAAGCGAGAAAGAUUUAGUUACACUACAUAGAGUUUUUGUCAAAACCAUAAACGAAAAUACAGAGGAAAUAAUUAAUAUAGUUACGCCGAAAUUAGAAGAGAGGCUCUCUAAAUUAAUGAUUUCUGUUAUAAACACUAUUAUCUACAACAGAUUUGAACAAUUGUUUCCCGAUUAAGCAUAAAAUGUCUCAGAUAUUCAUAUUUCGUUCUUAGAUUUGGAACGUUUUAUUUUUAGAUACUGUAUAGAUCAUUUUAUUUACUACAGAGUAUCUAAAAAUAUAUAUAAAUAUAUAUAAAUAUAUAUAACCUAAGACAAUCUUGUAUUUAAGCUCCGACUACGAAUACAAGAUAUUGAAAUUCUUCAUCAUUAAGUUGUUUUACGUAUCCCGCAAUGUAAUCCGAUUUAAUUAAAGAAAAAUUAAAAUAUGUUACGUGUAAUAUAUUUUUAUUAUAUUAUUCUAUAUCUUAUAAUGCAUUCCGAUUCAACUAAAAAAAAUUAAAAUAUAUUAGCUAUAAUAUAUUUUAAUUAUAUUAAUUAAUAACAAUAUUAUAAAAAUAAGCAAAAUGUUUUAAUUAAGUUAGAUAAUAAAAGAAAAUAUUGUUUAAUCAUUAUAGAUUACUAGCGCAACAACACAAAUUAUUAUUUAAUUAUUAUAAAUUACUCUCGUAAUAGAUUAGUGUAAAAUAAUAUAAAAUAGAAAUGUUAUUUUUAUCUUUGUAUUACUUUGAACGUUAUACUUAUUACAAUAAAAAUUAAAAAUUAUGUUAUCUGACAUGUAAUAGUUGCAAAACACAUAUUUAAGAAUUGAUAUAUUUAAUUCUUGUCAACAUAUAUUAGUAAAAUUAUAAUAUCAUAUUUUGUAAUCAUAAUUUUAUACUUGAAAUUAACAAUGUCUCUUACUUAACAAUAUUUAAAAAAUUAGGAUCUAUAAAAUAAAGAUCGAUGUUCAAUGUAAA